CAUUAAUUAAAGUUGUGGAAAUACAACAAAAAUUUACACGCGCGAAAAAAAAAAACAACUAGCAAAUAUAAAAUGUAAAUUGGGUUAAGCCUGCAAAAUAGACCUAACGUGAUUUAAGUAGAUGGUAAGCGCACUACUGUGCGAUUAGAAUUCCUUUCGCUUUUUGUGGUGCGUGCGACGCACAUUAAUACAUUACAUGUAUGUGGAAUUGAGUCCGAAAUCAAACAACAACAGCAUGGAGCCGGAUGAACUGCAUCAGGCCCAGAUGCCCGAUGUGGUGCAAACGUAUAAGACGCGGGCCAAAGUCAAUCCGGCCAAAAAAGAUAAUGAGAAACGGCGACGCAAGGAUGCCAUGCGAAAGGUGUCGCUAAUCUUACGCAAAUGCGACACUGUGCGCACAGCAGAGGAUCGACAAUUUCUCGAGAAGCAUCCGGAUAUUGUGAAAACCACGAAGAAACGCAAGGAACGCAUUGAGAUCUACAAGGAGCGCGUCGUAGAGAAGGAGGAUGAACCGCAUGUCAUUGAAGCCAAGGUGGAGCAGCUGGCCAACAUUGUGUCGCAAGCCAAACACUUGAUCUGUUACACUGGCGCGGGCAUCAGCACGGCAGCUUUGAUCCCCGAUUACCGUGGUAGCCAGGGCAUCUGGACCCUGCUGCAGAAGGGCAAGGACAUAGGCGAACAUGAUCUGUCCAGUGCCAAUCCCACCUAUACGCAUAUGGCGCUGUACGAGCUGCAUCGUCGCCGCCUGCUGCGUCAUGUGGUCUCCCAGAACUGCGAUGGAUUGCAUCUGCGUUCGGGUCUGCCGCGUCAAUCGCUCUCCGAGAUCCACGGCAAUAUGUACGUGGAGGUGUGCAAGCAUUGCAAACCGAAUGCCGUAUAUUGGCGACAGUUCGAUGUGACCGAGAUGACUGCUCGCUAUUGUCACAAAACGCAUCGGCUGUGUCAUCGCUGCUCGGAGCCACUGUACGACACCAUUGUGCAUUUUGGCGAGCGAGGGAAUGUGAAGUGGCCCCUCAAUUGGGAUGGUGCGACACAGCAUGCGGAGCGAGCGGAUGUUAUACUCUGUUUGGGUUCUAGUCUCAAGGUGUUGAAGAAAUACACAUGGCUGUGGCAGAUGGACAAACCAGCGCGUCAGCGUGCCAAGAUUUGUGUGGUGAAUCUGCAGUGGACGCCGAAGGAUAGCAUAGCGAGUAUUAAAAUCAAUGGCAAGUGCGACAAUGUGAUGGCGCAACUGAUGCGUGUGCUCAACAUUACGGUGCCCGUGUACAGCAAGGAGAAGGAUCCCAUCUUUGCUCAUGCCACUCUACUGAUGCCCGAGGAGCUGCACACAUUGACGCAGCCGUUGCUGAAAACUGCCGACGAGGAGGAGGCGGGGGAUACACAAUCCUGCACCACUACCACCGAGGAGACGCAGGAUUCGAUUAUAUCUGGCGAUAGCUAUAGUGAUCUGCCCAUUGGCAAAGGUCCGCGCAUACGCACGCCCAUCAAGAACGGGCAUCGCAUCAAGACGAAUCUGGAGAUGCGGCAAAAGUUUGCGAGAAACGUGGCAGAGAUGCCGCAGCCAGAGACUGAAGUGCAGCUAAAGACAGAGAUGGAAACUGAAGUAAAAACAGAUAUCAAAGUGGAGACUGAAUCGCUGCCGCCUUGUGAGCUGAAAGAGGAACCAAAAGAGGAACAGCAGCUGCCUGAAACUAGUCUGACAGAGAACUGCAUCAAGCAGGAGGAGGCAGAAGCGCUGCCCAAGCUUGAGCUGCUGACGCCCAAGAAAGAAGAGCCACCCGGCGAACUGACCAAUGGUCAGGAUCACAAGAUGGCUCCCAUGGAGCUGCCCAAACUAGUCGCCAUACAACAGAAACCCAGUCUGUGCCUGCUGCCCAUGGAGUUGCGCCUAGAGGCGCGUCUGGAGCCCACUGUUGGCAGCUUGGCACCCGUUCAGCUGCCACCGCUGGUGCCGAUUGGUGCGCCACUCUACACACCCUUUGUGCAGCCCCAGACACAAAAUGGACUGCCGCCAGCACUGCAAGCACUUAAUCUACAAAGCGAUAGCGCCACCUGCUCAGCAGAAUCCAACACUGACUACGAUGAGGAUGAGGAGGAGGAAGAGACGGAGGAGCAGUGUGACAUGGCGCAAAUGGAUUUGCUGCGACGACGGCACAGCGAUGGCGAUCAUGAGCUGCUCCUGCAACUGCCCAGCUGGUAUGAUGCCAAGUAUGCGUACUCUGGACUACACAGCAUUCUGAUACCGCCACCAUCGGAUCUCAACAUCUGGAACACGCAGGUGGUGCCGAACUUUGCCAUGAAUCGUUCGGCGGCCGGCUGUGAGUUCUGCUUCGAUCGCUAUGCGGAGCUCGACUGUCAGUUCUACAGUCGCUGGCAUCUCAAUCAGCGCAAGCAUAAGAAACGAGCGCGCAGCGGACGCUUUGUGGUCUGCGAAUGCUGUCCGACCAGCGACGAUGGUGAUGAUUACGAUGAGAACAUCUCGUUGGCGCACAUUGCGGCCGCCGAGACAGCGAAGCGGCGACUCCAGCUGAGCCACAGUUUUCCACGCAAGCUGGCACGCACUCAGGCUGGAUGGUAUGGCAAGGGCUAUAAGAAGGGACGCAAGCGGAGGUAGAUGCGAUUCCAGAGAUUCCAGCCCCCUCCUCGAAUCCAUUUCGAAGCCGAUGCAGUUCGCCAAUUUAAUAGUAUUGUAGCUGUAAGCCUAGUAUUAAUUGUAGUUUGUAGUGUCGUCGCUCGCAUUAACUGUUUAAUUGUGUAAUUUUAAUAUUAUUUGUAUGAAAUGUGCUUACAACAUCACUGAACACAAUCGAUUGGAGAGUAUUCUAUAUAUAGAUAUAUAUAUUGUACAUGUUUGUCGAAUUGGUCCAAUUUAGUUUGUAAGUUGUGUGUAAUUUGAUCAUGCUAUUUUUUGACAAAAUCGUUUUUGAGAUGUGGUUCAAGCACGUUUGUAUUUCUAUUUUUUUGUAAUCU